CAGAUGCUCCAAGCCUUUAUUACGCUACAAUCCCUAAAUAAAGUAGAUAAACUGAUGUCCUCUGGCCAUUUCCACAUACACUGACAUUUAAGUGGGAAGUAUGGGCAAUGAAAAGGGGGGGCGGGUUUGUUGUUUACAUUGUGGCCAUCAGAUGGCGCUGAAGAGGCUCCACGGUCCCACGGAGAGAGCUGAAUGGGAUCCCAGUGUGAUCUGGCACAGAGGCGGGAGGGGAGCACAGUAUAAGUCCUGGAAGAGGUUUGAGCCAAGAGCAAUCUGCCCGACUUACAUCGACAUUCUUCCGUCUGUCCGGCCCGCAGAGGUGAGCCAAACGAUUCACGGCGCGUAAUUACGCACGAGGACGGCAGAUCCACGGUGUUGCUCGCCGUGGAAACCAGCGGACAAAGGAAGGAAGGCAGACUGGAGUACAACAACUGACUUGAGAGGAGAGGAGUGCUGUUGGAGGGGAAACGAGGGGAAUCUGGAGUCGGAAGUGAUAUGUCUAUUUUUUUCCCCAGAAAUGUAACUUGCGUCCAGGAUUUUGGGGAAGAAGCGAAUUAGGAGAAAACAAAAAGUCAGAAAGUGUUGAGUGGAAUAAGACCCCCAAACAGCAUCCAGAUCUUCGGAGCAUGGGAGGAGUUGUCUGCGAGCUGUAAAAUGUUCCCGCUACAUCGAGAGAGGGAGCAGCCCAUCUUCAGCGCCAGAGCUCAUGUCUUCCAGAUCGACCCGGCCACCAAACGCAAUUGGCUGCCAGCCAGCAAACACGCCGUCACCGUGUCCUUCUUCUACGAUGCCAGCCGCAGCGUCUACCGCAUCAUCAGCGUGGGCGGCACUAAGGCCAUCAUCAACAGCACCAUCACUCCUAACAUGACUUUCACCAAAACAUCCCAGAAGUUUGGCCAAUGGGCAGAUAGCCGGGCCAACACCGUCUAUGGUCUGGGUUUCUCCACAGAACAGCAGUUACAGCAGUUUGCAGAGCAGUUUAAGGAGGUGAAGGAGGCGGCCCGUCUAGCCAGAGAGAAAUCUCAGGAGAGGUUUGAACUGGCCAACCCUGCACUCAACAUUGCAGCUCCAGAGCUCUCCCAGGAGUUGUCAGAGGAGCGCCAUUCUCCGCCACUGCUCACGGUCAAUGGGCCGGGCGAGGAAAAGCUGUUUCGAAGCAAGAGCGCAGAAGUGGAGCUGACAGCAGAGAAAGAGAGGGUCAAAAAGAUGUUGUCUGAAGGGUCCAUGUGUGAGAUAAACCUGGAGGCUGAACUCUUCACCUUGCAAGACAGUAACGCUAAGCUCGUGGCAGCACUGCAGGAAGCCAACAGCAGCGUGGAGCAGUGGAAGAAACAGCUUGCUGAAUACCAGGAGGAGACCGAUCGCCUCAGAGACCAGGUUGCAGAGCUUGAGGCCCAGCUGGGGCACCCUGCCGCUGGUCAGACAGGUAGAGAGGAGCUGAGUCAAUCACUGGAGGAGCUGGAAGCACUGCUGAGUGCCAAAGACCAGGAGAUUCACAAUCUGCAAAGCAAGAAAACAGAUGUGGGUGAGCUGGAGAAGGAGAGAGAGGAGGCCAUGCAGAGACUCCAGGAUGUGGAGAGACGAAACACAGAGUUGGAGGAUCAGGUUCAGAGCGCUGAAAAGACGCUGGCUUCCAGCCGUGAAGAGCAGGAGAAGGCGGAAGGCGAGGUCAGACGUAUCAUCGAGGUUCUGGACGUCAAAAUCUGCGACCUGAACGACCUGAGACAGAGCCUGGCAAAGCUCAUCGACAAAUAGCCACAGCAGCAGUUGUGCUGCAUCUCCACAGUCAGCACUGGUUCCACCCAUGUGUCCUUGAUUUGUGUUUUACUGGAGUGUCAGCAGAGCAACAAUCAAAGCAUUGUGGAGGAAAACAUGGAGGUGUUCGCCUGUUUUUUUUUGUUUUUUAGAUCAGUGCAGAUAAACAGCAGGUAUCCUAAAAUUUUUAAAGGUGCUAUAUGCAAAAUAAAACAUCUGUACUGUAUAAUACCAUUAUCACAUACUACAAUACUGCAACCCAUGAUUAUAAUACAGCUGGUCUAAUUGGCUUCUACUACUUGUUUUUGCAUCUCAUAGCUCCCAGCAGCUGCAUGUUUUUUUUUUUAAAUAUUCUUUUCUCUCUCUGCCAUCACUUAAAACUCUGAAAGCUUUAGAUCCCUUUCCUCUGAAAGAACAGCGCCCUCCACUUUCUCCUAUUAUGUGACCCGCUGGUUUACAAUGUAAAAUGCUGAAUAGUGGCUGCUUAGUCUCUUUGUUUAUGUUAAUUAUACUGAUGUCUAAAAAGGACACUGAUUUAUUGGUUAAAACAAUUAUCAGUACCUUUUUAAAAGAGGACUUGCACCAAAACUGAUUUUAAGCUUGCUAUUUUGCAAAAGUAGACAUUUCCAACAGGUAUCAAAGGAUUUUUCUAUAUUUUGUGUGAUGUAUCUUUAUUUAAUGCAGAGGGGGCAAUCUACUUGCAUUAGUGCUGUCUCUUACUGAAUUAAGAGGUGAGAAUAGCAGUAAAACGUAAAGAUAAUAGCCCGACUGUGUUUAAUAAAAGCUAGUGGUUCUCUUGUUUUCCUGCAGAGCUGGAGAUUUCAACUAUUCAACCAUUUCUAGGAAUAGAUGGUAAAGCUACAGUCCUGUAACAGCAGGACUCACAUCAGCACUAGAGAUGGUUGAAAAAUAGUUUUUACAUGUUUACACCGAUAUUAAACAUAAAUGUUUAGACUUUGAUACAUAAAACUCAUAGCCUGAGGCCUACAUGUAAUAGUAGUCCUGUAUGAAUAAGGCUUUUUUCAUAAUUCAUUUUCUCAUAACGCUAUUAGUAGAUAUCAGAAGUCACUGCAAGUAAGAGAACUGAGCAAAAUCAGGAUAAACUAUACAAGUAAAAUGUUUGCUUUUACACAAUAACAAGCUUGAGUUCAUCCUUCGACACUGUGGAGAUGCACACAGCAGAUGUUUGGUCAGGUCAAGGACACAUGAAGGCAAAGACCCUGAAUAAAGUCUGCUCCAGUUCACCGUCUGCAGCCUGGACUGGCCUCACACCAGCCAGAACAUCAACAAACUCAGAGAUGCAACAACCUGCUCACAUUCGGUCCUCUGAGGAUCAUCAGACGUUUUGUGAGGACUGCUCUGUCCCACCACUUCUAUCAUUCAUGUUCAUCAAUGGGUUUACUCACAGUCAGGAUGGGAAAUCAACAAUAACGAGCAGCCAAUUUGCUGAUAAAUUCAAGCUGCGGGUUGUAGGUUUGUCCUCUCCAUCAGGCCACUUUGACAGGUAGAUCAGCAUGUGAAGGAAAACUGACCUGCACAGAGCCGCUAUUUUCCUCCCAUGAUGUUGUUGACAUGAAUCUGAGGUUGUACUUGAUAAUGUUUGUGCCAAGUUCUAUUUUGUUUACAUUCACACAAUGAUCAAUUUCUGCUUUAUGUCUUUUUUCUUUGUUGCUCAACACUACCACACUACCACUUACCAUAAUAGUAAAAACCCUAGAGAGAGGCUGCAGAGCAUAGAUCACUAUGAGAGCACUGCAUGAGCUCUGCAGAAGCCCCAGACCUGCCAAGGAAUGUGAAGCUGUAUGCGUGUGUGUGUAUAUGUGUGUGCGCACAAUACUUAGCAGCGUGCAAAUGAAGACUGCUUGUGUUAAAAAGCACAAAUGCAGUAGUUUUAGUAAGUGGGUACUUAAUUAUUUGUCAGCUUUGUGUGUGAAGUUCUAUUGAUCUUUGCUUCUCGCCCCCUGAUGAGCUAUUGAUUUCUUCAUAUGACAAUAAUAUAGGUACAAAUAAGGUUCAGUCUUUUGUAGCUGAUGAUGCAGUGACUGCCAGAAUGAUAACAUGUGAAAAGGUCAUAAUGAAAUCUGUUAACGUAAUAAAUGACCAGAUAAUGUACUAGCACUCCAUCAUUACAGUGACGUGCAAUUAUUUGUUACUUUUAUAAACAAAUACUUCCACAGUUCAAUAAGCCCAGAGCAGUAACAGAAGUUAUAAAAUAAUGUCAUUGCAUUAUACUGCUAUUGAUCACAUUAAGAGGUUUUAUUGCACCUUCAGUCCCGAAACAUUGACAUUUUAUCAUUUUGACAAGUUACUUCAGACAUCAACUGCUACAUGCAAGCAGCACUGAAUUAGCAAUAAAGUUUCUAGCAUAGAUGCCUGUUUAUAGUUAAUACCAGUGAUUUGUAGGUAACAAGACUUGUGUAAAGCCUGUUCUCAUCUGUUUUAACAACAUCACUGCUUUUUUUUUCACAACUGUGGUCUUUUUUCUUUUUCAUGGCUUCACCAGAUUAUGACAGACUAGUACCAGCCUUUAAUAAAGCAUGAAGAAAAUGCAUCAGAGGCUCCUCAGCACAAACUUGAUGUCAGAAACACUUUGCUUCACAAUGGCCUUGUCCCAGUGUAUCGUUAAUGCACAAUAACACUGUAAAUGCAUUAUGAAGACAGAGGUUUUGAAGAGCAAAUUUCCACCCCGGGUGUCUGCAUGUAGGAAAUCACCAGCUGAAGCAUGAAUGAUAGAGAUAGAGAAGGUAUAGAGGGAGAUUGCUCACACCACAAAAACCCAACAAUAAACAGGAUAUCCAUGGGUGGAUUCGUCCUUAAAUACACUGGAAUAACGCCUUUUAAAACAUCUGUUGCCACCUACAAGAGAGAAUGCAGUACCAAAGAUGCACCACUGUCACGCUGAAGCCACAUUAACUGGAGUAGACACACAACUUCUGUAUGGUGCCGAAGUUCAUCUCCAUUAGAUUUUUAAAUUAACCUUAAGUUGAACUGCUCUUUGCUCAGUGUCCGAAAUAUUUGACCUUUCAGCACGACUCAAAAUACCUCAGAAUACUUUCAUUUCAUUAAAGUAGUGGUAUCCAAGAGGAAAAUGGUCAACUGGUGUUGGUCUGUUCAAGGCCACAGUUUUGUUGUUUCUCAAGAAUUACUGAAUUGAGGAGAGCAGGUGUUUGUGUGGAAUUUGACAAUGUGAGAUGAGUUCCUUAUAUUUGUAUCAAAGUGUUUAACAUUAAAACUCAGUCAUGCAG